AUGUCAGAUCAAGAAAGUGACUCCUCUGAGGAUGUUCCCCUGCAGAAUUUUAGCAAAAAGGACAAGAAAAAUAAUUCCGAUGACGCCGAUGAGGACGACGAAGAGACUGAUGACAGGUCCUCUCGCAAACGUCGUGCCUCUACCGAAGCAGUCAGCUAUGCCGAGGACGAUGACUAUGAAGAAGAAGAGGAGGAGGAGAUGGAAGAAGAAGAAGAGGGAGGGGACGAUGAUGACGACUCGAGUGAAGAUGAUGAUGUCCCUCUUUUCGCCCUGAAAGGAAAGCCUUCACCGAAGAAGAAGGCACCUGCCAAGAAAAAGAAAGCACCAGCCAAGAAGAAGGCAAAAACUACUACAGCUAGCACCAAGACUACUACAUCUAGCUCCAAGUAUCAAUCUCCUUCGGCGGCUCUCUAUGGAAGCGAAUGUGACAAGGGACUCUUGAUUCAAAGACUAUUGGUAAGAUGGUGGUAUGCCAUCCAAUGGCCCAGUCCCGAAAGUUUGCCAGAGAACCCACCAGACCAAUGCGAUGCUUUGGAUGGCUUUCCAGGGGUAUACAUUCAGUCAUCCGGGGACGAAGUUGGUCGAAUAGUGGACCUGAGAGACAAGGACCAAGCUCCAAGCUUUUCCAAUUUGGCCAAGAAGUCUUCGGAUGAGUUGCAAGAACUUUUGAUCAAAGCCAUCGAGGAACAAACGAAGCAACUCAUCAAGGCUGAGGGGACGGGGACCGAAACAGAAAAAGAACUCAAUGGACUACUCAAGUGGGCCAAAAAAGUCAAGGGAAAAUCAGCUGAUAAGGAUGCUGCCAAGGUACUAAAGGCGGCCAAAAUGAGUCUGGAAUGA